AUGCCUCGUGUGACGCGGUCAAUGAGGAAAACGCAGAGGAAGAAGAGGAACCAUAGCCCGCAGAAAAUAGAUUGGGGUUUAAAUUUGCGAGAUCGGGGAACAGCGACGGAUGGACGAGGUACCAGUUCCUCCGGUAAGAGGGAUGACGAAGGAACGGGCUUCAACCCUCUGAAUGCUGAGAAUGAUACACAUGGUGGAACGGCACACGUGGAGUAUAAGAGGUAUACAUACGGAAACCGCGCGCCGGAGCGGUCAACCUCGGGCUUAGAAGGAGACAGAAUGAGGGGAGAGGGUAGAGAGCGUGCAGAGGAGGAAGUGGAAACGAUUUGGGACACAGUUUAA